CUGGGAACAGACGAGCUUCUUGCGAGCCACUUCCAAGAACCGCCCAACAUGUAAGCUGUACACAUCGACGCCUGCUCGAAGGCAGCCAGUCCCUUCCGUCAUGACGUUACUCAAACCGCUGUCGCUAUUGCGCUUCCAAGCCAACAAUGUCUGCCACCGCUCGCGCUCUCCCUUUCACCUCAUACACGUCCGUGGCCUACAUAUAACGAACCGUUUAGCCGCAGUCAAACCCUUCCUCCUUGCAGACAUCGGCGAAGGCAUUACCGAAUGUCAGCUGAUCCAGUGGUUCGUCCAACCCGGCGCCCGCGUAGAGCAGUUCGACAAGUUAUGCGAAGUCCAGUCCGACAAAGCGAGCGUAGAGAUCACGAGUCCCUUUGAUGGCGUCAUCAAAAAGCUACACUAUGAGCCGGACGAUAUGGCGAUCACGGGGAAGGCGUUGGUCGAUAUUGAUAUAGAGGGCGAGAUUAGUGCUGAGGAUGAGGCGGAGUCACCAAAGAAGAGGAGAAGUGGAAGGGAUAUGGGCACGCUUGCUACGCCUGCGGUACGGCACCUAACCAAGGAGCUGAAGGUAGAUAUUGCAGAUGUGCAAGGGACGGGCAAGGAUGGGAGAGUAAUGAAAGAGGAUGUGCACCGGCAUGUCUCGCAGAACAGAUCGGAGCAGCAGCCACAGCAGCAUACAUCGCAGCCAGCACCAACAGCAACAACAAAGCACGACCGCACCGUCCCUCUCACACCCGUUCAAACCACCAUGUUCCGCACAAUGACCCGCUCCCUCUCCAUCCCACACUUCCUCUACACCACGACCGCUAACAUCACGUCAUUGACGACCCUCCGCAAACGGCUCAACAGCGGCCAACCGCCCGAGGCCAAACUAACCCACCUCCCCUUCAUCGUCAAAGCCGUCUCCCUGGCCUUUCAACACCACCCACUCCUGAACACCCACCUCGACACCGCCAGCGACGCGAACAAAUCGACUCUGACUCAUAAAGCGGCACAUAACUUUGGCAUCGCAAUCGACACGCCCUCCGGGCUUCUCGUGCCAGUCUUGCGGGACGUGCAAUUGCUCAGCAUCCGGGAGAUCUCCCACGCCCUCUCCGACAUCUCAUCCCGCGCCCGCGCCAACAAACUAUCACCGGCAGACUUCAAGGACGCAAGCUUCACCAUUUCCAAUAUCGGCAACAUCGGCGGCGGCGUAGUCGCUCCCGUCAUCAGCGCGCCACAAGUCGGGAUCCUUGGGGUCGGACGGAGUAAAGUCGUGCCCGCUUUCGACGAAGAUGGCGGAUUGGUGAAGAAGGAGGAGUUGGUGUUGAGUUGGAGCGCCGAUCACAGGGUUGUGGAUGGGGCGGAGUGUGCGAGGUGUGCGGAGAGGGUUGUUGGGUUCUUGGAGGAUGUGGGUGGGAUGGUUGUGGAUAUGAGGUGAUGGGGUGAAUGGUAAUAUGAAACAGAAGUACUGUGCAUUACCACAACUGGGAGUGUAGAUCACAGUUUGGCCGGCGGGACGAUGGUUGGUUCGAACAAGCUGAUACUGCAGCAAUCUUGCUCCAUUUUCCCGGAUGAGCUGAGGCGGUUAAGGCGGUUGAUGGGCUUAUCCACACGACUAGGA